UCUUUCUUUGAUAUGGUUUUUCAACGUUUAUCAAACCUCCCCUGCUCCAAUCUUCUAUAAGUAUUCCACCAUUUCUAUUAGUGCCCUCAUAGCUCCAAGGAUAUAAUUAAUAAUCCAUAGUCUUUUUUUUUUCCUUCUCUCAACUCUUAUUUGAUCUUAUAUAUGAAGAGCAAGAACGUUACAAAACGUGAAGAGUAUCAAAGGGUAUUUAGUUGCUUUGACAAGAGUCAACAAGGGAAUGUUUCUGUUUCCACCAUCGAAAGAUGUGUGGAUGCUAUUAAAUCCGGGGAAAAAGCUGUACCAGAAGAAGAGCCAACUGAUACACAUACUCAUAAAUCCUUGGGACUCGAGGAGUUUGUGAAGCUGGUGGAAGAAGGAGACGAGGAAGACAAGGAGAAUGACUUGAAGCAAGCUUUCAAAAUGUAUGAAGAGAGUGAAGGCAUCACACCUAAAAGUUUAAAGAGGAUGCUAAGUUUGUUGGGGGAGUCCAAAAGCCUUGAGGAAUGCGAGGUUAUGAUUUCGCAAUUUGAUAUUAAUAGGGAUGGAAUUAUUAACUUCGAUGAGUUUAGAGUUAUGAUGCAGUAAUAUAUAUACGGUUUACACAAA